GCCAGCCCCUUUGUUUUGAGCGGCGCUGGCAGCGCGACCGGCAGCGGCGGGGAGAGGCCCGCACUGCUCCGCUCCGCACCGAGCACCCAGCCCCAAGCCUCGCGGCGGCGGCGGCAGCAGCACCGCCGGGCACAGCGCGGCCUGGCCCGGCCCGGCCCGGCCCCUGCUCGGCUGUGAGUGCGGGGCGGGGGGUGGUUGGCAGCGCCGGGCUCCCGGUCGCUGAGGGGCGGCCACCGGGCGCAGCGCUACGCCGAGAUGGUCACUGGUCCUGUCAUGCCACACAAGUGCCAGCGUUGACCUGAGGGAGUAGCGGGUGCCGGUACUGGGUGGAAGCCACCUCCCUUGGCAGCAGCAGAGGCUCAGCUUCAGUUUUUUGCCCUCUCAUGCAAUAUGCCAGUGUCCUGUUUCUGAUUCCAGGCUAGCUUUGCUUUGGAAAAGCUCCAUUAACUUCAGUGAAAUUCUGGCUUUAAGCUGUGACACCAGAAUCAGGCCUUUAGCGUUUGUUUUCAUAGACCGUAGCACUGUGAAGGAGAAACUCAGACAACUUUUCUCAAUGACUCUAUAGCCAACUAAUGUAACAAUGGUACUAAUAUUGGGACGCAGACUGAAUAGAGAGGAUAGUGGGAUACGAGAUUCCCCUGCAACCAAGCGGAAAGUUUUUGAAAUGGACCCAAAAUCGUUGUCAGGCCCUGAGUUUUUCGACUUCUCCUCGGGAUCAUCACAUGCUGAAAGCAUUCUCCAGAUCUUCAAUGAAUUCCGAGACAGCCGGUUGUUCACAGAUGUCAUUAUCUGUGUGGAAGGACGGGAGUUUCCCUGCCAUCGAGCGGUUCUCUCAGCCUGCAGCAGCUACUUCAGAGCUAUGUUUUGCAAUGAUCAUAGAGAAAGCAGAGAGAUGUUGGUGGAGAUCAAUGGCAUUUUAGCUGAAGCUAUGGAUUGCUUUUUACAGUAUGUGUACACUGGCAAGGUGAAAAUCACCACAGAGAAUGUGCAGUAUCUCUUUGAAACAUCAAGCCUCUUUCAGAUUAGUGUUUUACGUGAUGCCUGUGCCAAGUUCCUGGAGGAGCAGCUGGAUCCCUGUAACUGCCUGGGAAUCCAGCGCUUUGCAGAUACGCACUCGCUCAAGACACUGUUCACCAAGUGCAGGAAUUUUGCGCUGCAGACAUUUGAAGACGUGUCUCAGCAUGAAGAGUUCCUCGAGCUGGGGAAAGAUGAGCUUAUUGAUUACAUUUGCAGUGAUGAACUGGUGAUCACUAAGGAAGAGAUGGUGUUUGAAGCUGUCAUGCGCUGGGUGUACCGGGCAGUUGAGUUGCGAAGACCAGUGUUGCAUGAGCUUCUGACACAUGUCAGGCUCCCACUACUACACCCAAACUACUUUGUUCAGACUGUAGAGGUGGACCAGCUGAUUCAGAAUUCCCCUGAGUGCUAUCAGCUGCUGCAUGAAGCCAGGCGGUACCAUAUCCUUGGAAAUGAGAUGAUGUCUCCCAGGACUAGGCCACGCAGAUCAACUGGUUAUUCAGAGGUGAUAGUUGUUGUUGGAGGCUGUGAACGAGUUGGAGGGUUUAACCUGCCGUAUACCGAGUGCUACGAUCCUGUAACAGGAGAGUGGAAGUCACUGGCUAAACUUCCAGAGUUUACCAAGUCUGAGUAUGCAGUGUGCGCUCUGCGGAAUGAUAUUCUUGUUUCAGGUGGAAGAAUCAAUAGUCGGGAUGUUUGGAUUUAUAACUCUCAGCUUAACAUUUGGAUCAGAGUUGCCUCCUUAAAUAAAGGCAGAUGGCGUCAUAAAAUGGCUGUGCUUCUUGGUAAAGUAUAUGUUGUUGGAGGAUAUGAUGGGCAAAACCGCCUCAGCAGCGUGGAGUGUUACGAUUCAUUUUCCAAUCGAUGGACGGAGGUGGCUCCCCUUAAAGAAGCUGUGAGCUCUCCAGCAGUCACCAGCUGUGUUGGCAAACUGUUUGUGAUCGGGGGUGGUCCUGAUGACAACACAUGCUCUGACAAGGUUCAGUCUUACGAUCCUGAUACUAAUUCUUGGUUGCUCCGUGCAACUAUCCCUAUUGCGAAAAGGUGCAUUACAGCUGUCUCUCUAAACAAUCUGAUCUAUGUUGCUGGUGGUCUUACCAAAGCAAUAUACUGCUAUGAUCCGGUUGAGGACUACUGGAUACAUGUACAGAAUACAUUCAGCAGACAGGAGAAUUGUGGCAUGUCUGUGUGUAAUGGAAAAAUCUAUAUCCUUGGUGGAAGACGAGAAAAUGGUGAAGCCACAGACACUAUUCUUUGCUAUGAUCCUGCAACAGGCAUUAUCACAGGAGUAGCAGCUAUGCCCAGGCCAGUAUCGUAUCAUGGCUGUGUGACGAUUCAUAGAUAUAAUGAAAAAGGCUUUAAACUGUAAUAUUUUUUUUUUCCUGGGGGGGAGGAAGAAAUAGCAGGAUUGAAUCCAGUGGUCUGCUGCAAGGCAGGUUUUUAAAUCCUGAAGUGGGAAAAUGCCCUUUCCUUACCUAAGUGUCAUGAAAAUUGUAUCCUGUGCCUUUAAAAAAAAAAAAAAAAAGCAGGGGGUUAAUUUAAAUUAAAAAUAAAACUAGUCUACAAAUCUGUAUAGUUACCAGAGUAUGUUGUACUGGUGAUCAGAAAGGUUGCCCUAUGUGUGUUAAGUAGUUAAAAUCUUGGAAGCUUUGUGGGGAAAGUGCCUUCACAAGCACUUGUGCCUGUGUCUGAAGAAGCAAUACCUACAAGGUUUCAGGUUCUGCUACUUGAAAAAAUAUGUAGCAAAUAAAUUUCAAAGAAGCAUCUAGUAAUAAUUACAGUUAAGAAAAAGCUUGUCUAAUUACAAUACAUAUGCAAAGCAUUCUUACAAGCAGAUUAUUUGGCUUAACCAAAUAGAUUUUAUUUAAGAUCAUGCAUGAUUUGGGAUUUAAAAAAAAAAAGGGGGGGGGGACGGCAGGUUGAUUUUAAGCUACGUAGGACAAAUAUUAGAAUACUUGAGAAAUGCUUUUCUCUGAAGGAGGACAGUGACAUCUUGGUUUUGUGAGCCACUGCAACAUACAGUGCUGAUUGCAUACCUUAACACUAUGGACCUUAUUCAUAGUGUUACUAAAUGCUUGUCAGAAAUACAAGGCUACAUGACAUGGAAAACUAGCCACUACUGGGGUGUAGGUAUGCAUCUGUAAAGCAGAUUUGGAAUCCUGGUUUUUAACUUCCCGAAUAAUAUGACCGAAGCCUAAAAGUUGCUGGGUUUGUUCUCUGCUCAAUGUGAAGCAUCUCUAAACUACUCAAGGAAUAAAGGAAAGAACUCAGAAUUCAACCACUUUUUUGAAUUGCAUUAUAAAUUACCUGGUAGAAGACAUAGGAACUCAGGUUGUACCCUACAGCUUACAAAUUGGUCUUCCAGAUCUGUCAUCUGAAGAGAUGGUGGAGUUACCCACCAAGUAUUUUUUGGCCUUUCUUCAGACAAUCACUCUAGCUCAAUUCGACUACUGUAUAAGCUGCUUGGCCACAGAUGGAAGAGGUUCUGGAAAGGUCCCUUAUGUCACUAGAAAAGAGCUGUGGAGCUGACCAUGUAGCCAUAUGAGGGUAACUCCCACACACCAUGUCUGGCUAAUUUUGAAGCCUAGAAAGUGCCUAUAUUUCAACCUGGAUUUUUUGUAGUAAAAGUAUUUCUUUAAUCUUUAAAGUCCUCCUUAUAUUUGUGUACUAUGUCUCAUAGUUCCAGUAUACAGUUAUACAACUGAGGCACAAGUUCUUGAAAACUGAAAUAGCACUUGAGAGUUGGAAAAUGUAUAGUACUUUCUAUGUACCAGUUUGCUAUUAAUCACCAAAAAACUCAGGAACUCCCUUUCAAAGGAAUUCUGAGGACAGCAGCCAGUAGGGAAAUUGGUCAGUGCCAGGACAGAAAAACAUAAGGCUCCUGCAGAGGCACCCUGGCCUCAGGGUUCUGGUCUACAUGCUUGCUCAGGAGGGUGAAAACAAGCACCAUGUCUGGAACGUCGGUCGUUCCACUGGACUCUCUUCACCAUCUGUUUUCCCAGAGUAUUUUUUCAUGAGAUGGAAAUUCUGACCCUCAGUGAAGCUAUGCCAAAUUGGGAGUCAUCAUUUUCAGUAACAUAUGGUCGUGACUUUUAAAGAGCACUGGGAGCUGCACUUUGUGAUGCAUUAACUUGUAACCUCAGGAAAGGACAAAAAUAACAGUUUGGGGCUGAAUACCAAACACUGCUUUGUAUAUGUUAAGAAUAUUGAUAAAAUACAAAUCUCUGCAUAUCAGUGAUGUCAUUAGGAAAUGGGUCCCUGAGAACACAUAUUCACAAUGCCCUAAAUAGGAAGCCAUUUGGUAACGUAAGACUUAAAUUUAAACCUUUUCUAAGUUUCUUGUGCCUGCUUGCCAAGUGUUACUUUGAAAAGGUUAUUUCAGUACCUGUGAAUAAGGUCCAUUGAUAGCAAUUGUAAUUGCCCAAUUAAUGAUGUUAUAUACUAACACUGUAUAGUUUGUGCUAUUGUUGUAAAUGACAAUGUAAAAAAUGAUAGGAGCACUUCAUUAGAGAUGCAGUUUGAAAAAUAUUCUCCCUUCCUUUGAUUUCCUUCUUCUUUGUAUUAAGAUGUGUGAUGCUGAUUGUCAUGCUAAACUGUCUUUAAACAUUCUUUAUUCAGUGUCAUCUAUGUAUAGGUAUCUUUUAACCUGAUUAUAAUACUGCACUAUGUAAAUACUGCUUUUUCUGGUUUUGAAAAUACAGCUAUAAACUGAAAUUUCUUAAUUAUGUACUGUUACCUAUUUUUGAAAAUGAAAGUGUUUAAUGAACCAGUAAAUGCAGAAAUGUAAAGAGAAGUUUUCCUCUACAGCUAUAGUUCUUGAACCUGUACUCAGUGCUGAACAGUUAGGUGUGGAGUAUUGCUAAAAGGGCAGUUACUCAUGCUAUGAUUUCCUCAAAACAAACAAGUUCUUUGGUUUGAAUCUGUAAGUAAUUUUCACUUAUAACCUGCUCUGUUUAGAACAGUACUUUCAGAUGUACUAGAAUUGAACAAUUCAACUUCGGUUUAAUGAAAAUGUACUGUUUCCUAGAAGGAUGCUUUAGUCAGGAAAUUGCUUUCCUGAGUCACCUGUACUCUGAUGCAUUUCAUUUAGGUGUAGAUGGAUUCAAAGAUUAAAACUCUGACUGUUCUAGCUGAUUAGUUUGUGGUUGAGCAGUAAGUUUUGCUGUUUGCAUGUUCUGUUGUUUGUUUUCCUCUCAGCCAGGAGAGAAAACUUUUAAUGUCUUUCAGUAUAAUCAAGACUUUCAUCAUGCAUGGUAACAGGUUGGCACCACCAAAGCAGGGCCACCUGCUUAAGAUAUAAUUUCAGCUUAACCAUGCACAAGAAGAGGGGAUCAGGUGUCUCCAAAGUCACACCUAGAACAAAAUUCAAGAGUUGUCUAGUAUCUCACUCCAGUAAACAGAUAAAUAUUAUAAGUUUCACUCUUAAAAAGAAACUAGAGUGAAUGUUUUCCUUCUCUAUUUUGCUAUCCACUACUUCCUGCUUGAAACUUCAUGAGACGUCCUUCUAUUCUUAGCAGUAUGAUCUUAACUGAGAAGAAAGGUGAUCUUGCCUUGUGGCCUGGCUUUGAGAAGGCUCUGUAUAGAAAGCUUGAGUAUUGUGUUGCAGUGUAGCCCAUGGCCGCCUGCUUUUGGACAGCCGCUGCAUCCCUUCAUCUCUCGAUUAUCAGGCAGCAUUGUAUGCUUGACAACUAUUUGGCUUAGCUGUAGGCUCCCCUCUUAGUACUGCUUAAAAAGGCAUGACUUGUGGCAUCUCUUCCAUUUGUACUACUAGACAGUUAAUUUUACAGUAUGAGCCUCAUGUACAUUUUGUCAAUUAAGCUCUGUGCUUUCCAGGCUAUAGCAGCAAGAAUCAACAGUUGUCCUUGUUUGUUUGUUUUUAAUUAAUUACCCAUGCAAUUCUCAUCAAAGGCUGCUCAUUUCGUGGAUAUCUUUAAUGCAAAUGAUGCUGAUAUGGGCCUUUAUGAUAAUUCAUUCAAGCUUUAUAAAUGAGGUUUUUACCACUGCAAGACUCUGAGAGAGGCUGUUGACGCAGGAACUGGAGGGGAACUGGAGGUGGUGCUCACCUUGACAGGCUCACAGAGGGAGCUUAGAUUACCUUGUGCUUGAUGGUCACUUGUGCUUGAGAGCAAGGGCACUGCUGGCUGCUCCAGCUUCUUCCUCAAAUAGCUGAGCUCACCACCUUGUCUUAGAUGAGUGCUCAAUUUAUUCUGUGCUUGUUUUAUUUGAGGGGCAAGGACAAGAGAAAGCAGUCUCACUUGUGCUUUCAGUUUCCCUCCUAAGCAAGGCAGAGGGGUAUGCUGGAGUUGCGCCUUGUUGGGGGUAGGUAGACCUGUGAACUUACUCCAGCUCCAAAGAGACCACAGAGAAGCUUGGGGGGGAUGACAGCAGGAGGAAACGAGGGAUUGUGCAUUUUCUGGGUUUGCUGAACCAAGACAUUUGGGAUGUUCAGCUUGCAAUUCCAGAUGCUGAAGCUCAGUUGGUUUAAAAAAAUAAAAUAAAAAAUUACCAUUUGUCGAGACUCCUAACUCAAAGAUGCAUACUUGGUCAAGGGCUUCUAGAGGCAAUGUUCAGGAAAUGCGAUGGUUCAUUUCUCCUACUUGCCUAACUGGACAAGUAUAUCUUUUAUUCCAUGCCUGAAGAUGGCAAAAGCCAAUUCAAGAGCAUUAAGAUGUGAUCACUGUGAGGCAACGUGAAUGUUUUUGUCUGAAUGUAGACCUGUGAAUACAAGAAAGUACAAAUGUUUCAUUGUGCCUGGUUCAAAAAUCUGAGCUAUAUAUAUAUAAAGGUUCUAUAAAGUAGGAUCUUUAUAAGAUAAGAUUUUUUAUGCAAAAAUUUGCUAUCUGAUUGGGGGCCAAACAGUGAUAUUUUUUUUAAUUUAUGUAUCUAGUAUACAAGUUUCCACAACUUACAUGAUUUCAUAUGGCAUUAAUAAAUAUCCAUCUCACUGUCAUUCAGUUUAUCAUGGUCGUGUCAGCGCUGCGAGUGUUACCACAAAACAGUAAGCAGCCUCUUCCUGGCCCCAAACCAGAUGUGUUCUCUGUCCCAUGUCCUUGUGUCAGCUUCUUCCAUAACUAAUGCUAUGCAUACAUUUUGUUACUCAAAGUAUAUAGCCCUGAUAAAAUUACUAAGAACUCUGCAGGAACAUUUUUUUCUACUGAAAUGCUCCAGUCUAUACUCCUAUGUUUGUGUGCACAUCCAUGUGUGUGAAUAGUUUUUGAUCAUUUUAUGAUAAUACUGUUCUGAGUAUGGCAUAUAAAAAGGCCCCGUGUACAGCAUGUUGAUAAUGUAAUUAUGGCUUCCUUUGUAUCAUUAGUUCCAAAGAAAAUAGUGCGUUAAUAUUGAAAAAUGUGCCUUCAAUUCACUUACAUUUUUAUCUGUUGUGAAAAAGUUUGGAUUAUUAUUCUUCCUGUUUAUUAGGAUCGGUCUUACUGUCCAGACUGUUGAUGUCCUUCUAAGAGAAAUAAAUCAUUUGUUAGAAGAACAGUUAAAGCUAUUGCAUAGAAUGCACCUAGAAUGCUUUCAUUAUUGCAGUGCUAUGGCAGAUUUAAUCUAGGGAAAUUUGUUUUUUCUCUUUGCUGUUUUCAGCACUUCUUAGUGACAACAGAUUGGAGUUCAGUCUUUGACUUCCUGUCCUUGAUAUGUACAGUUCUCUGUUUCUGAACACACUGACUUGUCAGUUGUGUCUUGUUCAAUAUACACAAUACAAAGCAAUAAUAUGAUGCAGCACGGCAAUAAGCAAAAUCAAGAGACUUGAAUGUAAUAUACUAUUACUAAUUUCAUCUAUGUAAAUGCUAGACCUAUGCGGGUUGUUCCCUUUUUGGUGUACCUGUAGCACUUUGGAUGAAUAGGAACUACUUGGCCAUGGAAAGAAAGUUUACCUCCUGAACUUUUAUCCAGAUGAUAUUCUCUUCACUUGAAAUCAUGCUUUGAUUUGACUGAAGAAAACAGCAGUUCAUGUUUUUCCUUGCCAGUUUCUUUACUAACAGAAACGGAAAAGAUUUAAGCUCUGCUAAGAGCUGAUCUCGCCUUCAAGGAUGAUCUGGUACAGCACAAACGACAUCUGAACAAGAAGUGCAGACCGCUUGGGGUGUGCCAGAGUCGGUGCAGUGUUGCGGCGUGUAUGUCUUCAGAUUGUGCUGACAGUAGGAGAGUGACUUUGUAAUGUAGUGCAAUCGCAAUAACAUUUACCUGUUAUGUUUAAAUGUAUUUCUUGCAUAAUUCUUUGGAAGUUGUUUUUUUUUUUUUUUUUAAGUUCGAUGUACCUAAUAAACAUUUGCCUUUUGAAUAGUUGGCUGUGCUUUAUUUUAGGUCUGAGAUCCAGGGAGGGGCUUGGUUGUGUAGAGGAAAUUCCUUCCUGUUUUUCUUAGGUCUUCUGUUAGAUUCUGCCUAUUUGUAGCCUCUUUACGCUGGAGAACUGACAAAGCAGAGCGGGGGCAUGUAACACGGCGGUUAGUGCUGGGUAUUGGGAAGGGAAAAGGAUGAGAACGGGCUCUGAAGGCAAAAAGCGCAGGAAAUCAGGAAGGGGUAGCGUAAGGGUAGGAAGGCGACCAGCACCACCACGGCUUGGAAAGAGACUGGCACACAGGUGCUUCUCCUGAAGUGAGCUGCUGCCUGGGCUGCUCCCAGCUCCUGCUUGCCAGCGUGUGAGGGUGGUGCUGAGGUGGAACCGACACGGUUUUGGGGAUUGCUCUUUCCUGAUGAAAGAAGAGAGCAUGGGAAACGCCUCUGAGCGCUGCAAGUCCACCACGGGAUAGUUCUAAGGCUUAAAAAUAGACUGGCAGCGGUGUUUUAACGACAUCCUCCUGUUCCUCUUCCCGCU